AUGGAAAAUACAGGCGGAAUAAGUGAAAAAAUUCCUACAUCAACAUCAUCUGCCGAUGAAAAAGAUUUAGUAUCAUCCAUGCGUAAACUUGAUUUCAUCAAAGAAUUAGGAGAAAAACAAAAUCAAUUUCAACGUCUUCAAAAUCAUUUACAGCAAAAUACUGAAUUAGUUACACGGGAAAAUCAAGUUUUACGGGAAUUUCGCAAAGAACUUGAUAUGCUCGUACAAGAACGUAUGUCACAUAUUGAAGAAUUACGAUUGAUUCAUGCUGAUAUAAAUAUUAUGGAAACAACAAUAAAGCAAGCUGAUGAAGAACGAACAAGAACAUUACAAGAUAGUAAACGUUUAUUAAAAGAUUAUCAACCAAUAAAAGAACAAGUAAAUAAAUUACGAGAUAUGCUUAAUCUUGAGCGACUUCCUGAUCAUGAAGAAGACGAAACAACAAUAAUGACAAUGCAAUUAAUUUCUCAACAAUCAGGUGAUCAUGAUCAAUCAUCGAAUAGAAAUAGUCAUUUAUCAUCAAUAGGAUUAGAUAAUACUCACGAACAAAUUCCAUUGGGCGUAUCAUUUCAUCAUCAUCAUCAUCAAACUCAACAAAUGGGUAAUACAACAAGUAUUAAUAUUCCAAUACAGACAAAUAAUCAACAACAACAACAACAAGCGUCGACAUUAAAUGUUCCAAAAAUGAUCGGUAGUAUGGGACCAAAUGUUGAUCGAGCAACAUUUCGACAACAACCACCACCAAUGAAGACUUGCCAAUCAUGUCAACAACAAAUUCAUCGUAAUGCACCAAUAUGCCCUAUAUGCAAAGCUAAAAGUCGUUCACGUAAUCCGAAAAAGUCAAAACGUCGCCAUUUGGAAGUUCAUCCAUGA